AGUGGGCGUGAUUAACGGUGAAUGGGUUGGGAAUCGCAAAGACGCAUGUCAGACUCCAGGAAAGAUGGCGAACCCCUACGAGAGCUUCAAUCUGCACACCACAUCGGAAAAGUUUUACAUUGAGGCUUGUGAUCAUGGCUCCACUGAUGUCCUGACCAUUGACAGAGUGUCAAUGGAAAUGACCCUCACAGUGAGGAGGGAUAUCCCUCCAUCUGCUGUGACCCAGCCAAUAUGUGGAGUCAUGGGUACUAUUCGCUUGGUGGCAGGUAUGUACCUGGUUGUUAUCACAAAGAAGAAGAAAGUGGGAGAUCUUCUGGGCCAUGCUGUGUGGAAGGCCUUGGACUUUGACGUGAUCUCUUACAAGAAGACAGUGUUACACCUGACAGACAACCAAAUGCAAGACAACAAAGCUUUUCUAUCCAUGAUGAACAGUGUGCUUCAUACAGACGGCUUCUACUUUGCCACAGACUAUGACCUGACCCACACUCUGCAGCGCCUGGCCAACACCAGUCCCGAAUUUCAAGAGAUGAGCCUGCUGGAGAGGGCAGAUCAGCGCUUUGUAUGGAAUGGUCACCUCCUGAGGGAAUUCAUUGCACAGCCAGAGUUACACAAAUUCGUUUAUCCUGUUGUUCAUGGCUUCAUCACCAUGAAGUCAUGCUGCAUCAAUGGAAAGGUCUUUGAAUGGAAUAUAAUCUCUAGGAGGAGCUGUUUCAGAGCUGGUGUCCGCUACUAUGUCCGAGGCAUUGAUUCGGAGGGCCAUGCUGCAAAUUUUGUUGAAACAGAGCAGAUUGUACAAUACAACGGCAGCAAGGCCUCGUUUGUACAGACUCGAGGAUCCAUCCCCUUUUACUGGUCCCAAAGGCCCAACCUCAAGUAUAAACCAAAACCACAGAUUAGCAAAACAAUCAAUCACAUGGAUGGAUUCCAGAGACAUUUUGACUCCCAGAUUAUUCUCUAUGGAAGACAAGUGAUUUUGAAUUUGAUUAACCAGAAAGGCUCAGAGAAGCCCUUGGAGCUUGCAUUUGACAAGAUGGUGACCAGUUUAGGUAACAGCAUGAUCAAGUAUGUAGCCUUUGACUUCCAUAAGGAGUGCAGUCGGAUGAGGUGGCACCGCCUGCAGAUCUUGGUAGACAUGGUUGCUGAGAUGCAGGAUGAAUUUGGGUACUUCCUGGUGGAUGUGGAUGGGAAGGUUCUACUGCAGCAGGAGGGGACAUUUCGUAGCAACUGUAUGGACUGUCUGGACCGAACCAAUGUCAUCCAGAGUCUGCUGGCCCGACGCUCGCUGCAGUCACAACUACAGAGAAUGGGAGUCCUCCAUAUGGGCCAGCAGAUAGAAGACCAGGCAGACUUUGAGAAGAUAUACAAGAAUGCCUGGGCAGACAAUGCCAACGCCUGUGCCAAGCAGUAUGCUGGUACUGGAGCCUUGAAGACUGACUUCACAAGAACUGGGAAGAGAACACAAUGGGGAUUGCUGAUGGACGGCUGGAAUUCCAUGAUCAGAUACUACAAAAACAACUUUUCAGAUGGCUUCAGACAGGACUCCAUCGAUCUGUUCCUGGGAAACUAUGCAGUGGAUGAGGCUGAUUUGACCACACCUCUCCGCGAGCCCAAAGACUGGAAGUUCCUGACGUUGCCCAUCAUCAUGGUGGUAGCUUUCUCCAUGUGCAUCAUCUGCUUGCUGAUGGCAGGUGACACAUGGACGGAGACGCUGGCCUAUGUCCUGUUUUGGGGGACAGCUAGUGUGGUGACAGCUGGUGUUAUUCUCUUCAAUGGACGAGACUUUGUAGAUGCUCCCAAGCUGGUCCAGAAGGAGAAGCUGGACUGAAUGUGUGUGUGUGGAAAGCAGCUGGGCCCUGCUGACCUCUCUUCCUCCACCUCAUCUUCAGCUGCUCUAUCACUUUGCCCCCAUUAUCAACAUCAGCGGGCCUGGAGCCUGUACUAACAUGUAAGGAUGGAGGUGGGGUUUUGGGGUGGGGGCAGGCCAAGGCCAUGUGUGCAACACAAAUGCAAACUCAGAGACUUGGAGUACACAGGCCUGCUGCUGUCCACACGGCUGCUACACUCUUUCAGACAGGACUGGCUUGUCCAUAGGUUUUACUGUAAACACGGAACUCUAAGAUUUCUUAUUAAUAUGAGAUGCAAAGGUUUCCCAUUUCAGUGGAACACUUCCAAAGGGAUGACAAUGCAGAAUGGCUGCUGUGAUGCCACAGUACAACUGUAAGGGAACUAUGUAUUGUCUUUUGUCUUUUUUUUGUCUACUGUGUGAUUGUUUGGUCUACCAUUGCCCCC